AUGCAAACAGAAGGCAGAGAACAAGAAGAACAGAGAGCCACAAAGAAAGUAAAGAAUCGUGAAAGAAUAGUGGACGAUCCUGAAAACUCCCAAACAACGGACAGUAUGCAAACAGAGGAUGAGACCCAAGAUAAUGUUAAUGCAACCAAAGAACGUCCCAAUAGCUCGACGAUGACCACUUAUGCUGAGAUGGCUGCUAGAGGAUCGUCGAUGAACAAGAAUCCACCUGUCAUGAUGCCAGAAGAAGAAAUAGUUUAUCAAGAAGGAGAUGUUGCUAUGGAUUUAUCGGGUGACUAUCCUAAAAUAAGUUUCUCUAACCGUAUCCAUGAAUUGAUUGACAUAAAUAUGAAGCAAGUUAUCAUCACCAGAUUACUGGGAAAAAAGAUAGGUUAUAAGGCGCUGGUUUACAGGAUACAUGCUUUAUGGAGACCGUUAGGUAACUUCAACUUGAUUGAUCUCGAUAAUGACUACUUUCUAGUGAAAUUUGAAAAUCUUAAAGAUUAUACGAGAGUUCUCACGGAGGGCCCCUGGAUGACCUAUGGAAGUUACCUGACAGUGCAACAUUGGUCUAGAAACUUUCCCACUACUGAAAAGCAUAAUUCUCAUGUUAUCGCCUGGGUGAGACUUCCCGGUUUACCCUACAGGUACUAUAAUAAUGUUCUAAUCAGGACUAUUGCGAAUAUUAUUGGAAAAGUCAUCAAAAUAGAUUAUAAUACCAAAGUUGGAGAAAGAGGCAAGUUUGCUAGAAUUGCGAUUGUGAUUGACUUAAACAAACCUUUUAUUCUAUGUGUGGGAAUAGAUGAUUUUAUCCAAAAUAUCGAAUAUGAAGGUCUCCAACAAAUCUGCUUCAAAUGUGGUACCUAUGAGCAUGCAAAAGAAUCCUGUCAGAUUAACCAAGAAGACAAACAGAUGAAAACUAGCAACACCGAUAAUGGAAUCGAAGAACAGUCAAAUACUGAAAGCAGCAAGGAUAACCCUUUAGGCCCUUGGAUGGUUGUUCAACCAAGAGGAAGAUUCAAUAGAAAUCAAAGAUCUCAGUUUAAAAACAAAGAAGCAGAAGAAAUAUCAAACAAAGGUUCCAGAUUUACCCCUCUUUGUGAGGAACUAUUGGAGGAAGGCACUAGUGAUAAAAACAAAGGAAAAUAUCUGAUAAACAUGGAAGCUGAUAUACAAAACAUGCUACUAAAAUGA